UUUGGAAAAGAUGCUUCUUUAGUCCUGGUUGGCACGAAAGGAAGCGGUCUUUCGUCUUUUGCAGUCAUUGCCGCUACGGCUUUGCGCUUUCGUUUGGUCGACACUGAAAAAUGGCUUGUCGAGCAUUACGGUUUGCGAAGGUCUGAGUACAUCAAGGAGCGGGGGUUAAAUAAUUAUCGCAAAAUCGCCUCCGAAACCCUGAAGGAGAUACUCAAGAAGCAUGGAACUGGGUGCGUGCUCGUCUGCGGCCCUGAGGCAUUCGAACCGCAAAGUCAGUCGCUCAUUCGCGCCUUCGCCCUCACGCAUCCUGUGGUGAUGAUUAAUCGCGACAUAACGUUGAUACGGCAACAUCUUGGUCUUCCAAAUAGUCGCGAGGUGUUUCAAAUCCUUGGACAAAGCCAGCGACACUGCCGACAGAUAUCCAACCUCGAAUUCUUCAACUUGCCGGAAAGCGAGGCAGCCAGUCCCCUCUCCACUGACCUCUCAAAGAGUCUCGGGCGACAGAAUCAGACGCUCAACUCGCCUUCGCUCCUUCAGAAUGUGAAGCAAGACUUUCUGGAAUUCUUGAACUCGUUAACUGGGGGUGCUUCGAUGCCUGCGUCUUCAAUGUUCUCUCCAUCUUCGCCAUCGGAACGUGAGCACUCGACCCUUUUCAGUCUCCGCAUAGAAGAAGUUGCUCGGGAAGGCUUCAGCUCUAUUGACUUGGACUGCGGUACCGACGCAAUUGAGCUGGUUGUUCGCUGCCGUCCACCGCAGUAUACGCCAGUCGAUUGGGACCGCAUUAGUCGUUCUCUCCAGAUGAUUCGACGUCGGUCGAGAGCCUCUAUCAUCUAUCACGUUGAGUGUGAUCGUCCAAGUUUGGUCCGGGAACAGGGCGAGUACGCUGAACUGCUAUCACACGGACUUCGUCUUCUCCCCGACUUUAUCACCAUCGAUCUCCGCUGUAGUGAGCGUCAGAUCGAAAACCUGACAAACUCGGUCGGUCGGACCAAAGUCAUCGGCCACCGCUCAUAUCUGAAAGGAGAAUCUCCAUCUUGGAAAGAUUUGGAUCUCCAAAAGCAGUUUGAUCGGGCCGUGACAUUAGGUUGUCACGUUGUCCGCCUCGUUCGUGAGGCUGAGUCGGUCUCAGAAGACAGGAAUUGUCUUCUCUUCCAGGCUAUCAUGGCGUCUCGAUCCAAGGUACCACUCAUAGCAUACAACACUGGGAUUCAGGCGAGGUCCUCCAUGGUUCUCAGUCCCUGUAUGACGCCCGUGCGACAUCCAAACAUACCGAAUUCGGAUCCAACCACAUCUCUUCUUACUUCUCAACAGUUGAUGAAAGCCAGGUUUGCGAGCUUCAUCUACCAGCCUUUGCAUUUCCACAUAUUCGGCGCAAGUGUCGACUAUAGUUUGUCGCCAUUGAUGCAUAACGCCGCCUUUGAUGCUCUCGGCAUGGGUCAUACUUAUUCUAUCAGGCAGUCUCGAAGUCUGAGUGAUUUUGCUUUGCUUGUGGAUGAAACGUUUGGUGGCGCCAGUAUCAGUCUUCCAUUCAAGUCUGAGAUACUAUCGCUGCUCGACUCAAUAAGUGAGCCGGCCAAAGCGAUACAAGCUAUCAAUACCAUCAUGCCUAUGAGGGCCAUGCUGGAUGAGGAAAGCGCCGACUCUUCUCAGUUGUCCACGUCAUGCAGAAACCGUGCUGGUCCAAUCUCUAGUUUGUACGGGGACAACACAGAUUGGACCGCCCUCUACACGUGUAUACAUCGUUAUCUGUCGCCUGCGAAUACUGUCAGGCCCAGUUCCUCGGCUCUCAUCAUAGGUGCUGGUGGUAUGGCUCGCGCAUCAAUCUAUGCCCUGCUGCGAAUGGGUGUGAAAAACAUCAUGAUCUGGAAUCGGACAUACAGCAAGGCGAUUCAGGUUGCGGAUCACUUCACCGCCUUGUCUGGCAAUUCUAACCACAAGCAGUCACAUCAUCAAAGCCCCUUGCAUUCCCGCAGAGCACAAGAGUGUCUCGUUAGGGUAAUCGAAACCCUCGAUUCACCUUGGCCCGAUGAGCUUGCACAGCCCACGAUAGUAGUUUGCACGAUACCGGCGCAUCAAAUAGGAGAUGUUGCCCCUCCUGAAUUCACGAUUCCGCAACAGUGGUUCCAUAGCAGGACAGGAGGUGUCAUCGUCGAGCUCUCGUACAAAUCAUCGUGGACACCGCUACUACAGCAAGCACAUGAUAAUGCCCACAAAGGCUGGAUCUGCGUCGAGCCUCUUGAAGUUUUGAUUGAACAAGGUCGUGCACAAUUCGAGCUCUUCACCGGUUAUCCCGCGCCUCAAAAGACAAUGAGGAAUAGCAUCUUGGAGCAAUAU